GCAAGCGAGCAAGCUGGGCUUGGUCAACGGGUCAGGCCAUCCUGAUGUAAUCGUAGAUGCUGCCAUGGAGGCAGUGUGGGUCAGCAUGAACGCAAACAUCAGGAUGUUCUUCUCGAUCAGUUGCAUGGUCAGUGCAGCAUGCUUUCCUGCACGAAGGGAACUUCAAGCAAUGCUCGCAGACCUGGCAAAUACGGGAAAGUUGCUCGACAACCUGUUAUGGUCGCUGCAGGAGUCUGGGUAUCCGGUGAUCAGUACUGGGCAUCUCAAAGUUCAGAGCAUGGAUGAUGAUGUGACGGUGACAACUACACAAACAAUUACAGAGAUGGCAACACCAACAACCACUUCAAGGCAUGAAGUAACUCAGAGCACCAGUGCCAGCGCAAGUUCCAGUACUACCCAACCGAUGACUCUUACAAGUACCACAGCCGGCUCAGGGCUUUUUGCAAAGACCGUGCUUCUUGAGGUAGAGCUGACCCUUUCCAAUGUCUCGACAUUUUCCAUUGCAGCCUUCCUCAGGGAUGUGGCUGAAGCAGUUGGCGUCAAGGCCGACCAGGUGUUACUGACAAGCAUCAGCUAUGAGACCUCGGUGGUUCUAAGCCUCGACAGCCUCGUGACGCAGGAGCAGGUGCGGCAUGCUGUGGCCAUCGCUCUAAGUCGGCCUCCUGAAAAUGUAAGCGUAUCCAUCAACCCUGGGCGGCGUCGUCUGGCCAGCAUGCACGGACGUGUGUUGGCUGCUGUCACAGCACAGGCCACAGUCAAAACGGGAAGCAUUGAAUCCGCCACAGAUGUCAGCAAGACGCUGGCGGAUGCCACUGCUGUUGGGGAAGCCUUGGUGGAGCAGGGCGUCAAUGUCUCCGUCGUGGUAUCGAUGCUGCCACUGACAAAGGUAAGAGUUGUGCAAAGGAUUACGUUUGUCGGUGGGCUGGUUCCAGAUACAAGUCUGAUGGAGGCCGCAAUCGCUGAGAAGUCAGGGCUCAGCGUGUCUGUCUUGGGCGUGUCUGUAGAAGAAUCGGACUUCGUUGACGGAGGUAGUGCUAGGAUAUUUGAUAUUGUGGUCACAUGUCUACUGGCAUUUGCUGCUCUUGUCUUCGUCCUUUUUCUAACGGGUCUGUGCAUGAAAUGCCGCCAUCAACUUCAACGACCACGGACCUUUUCGCUGGACGCGGUUGAAGUGGCACAAGACAGCAUUGAAGUUCGCGAUUUAAGGGUUACAGCUGAUCCGCUUGCCCAUCCGCAGCCUAGCUAA